CUGAAAAGUUUAUGGUAUUUAACUGUUAAGGUUGCACCAUCAUCGGCUUGGCAGGAAGCGAGACAAGGUGUCGCGGAGAAAACAUCCCGUCCGUUUGACUGGACAUUCACAUCAAAGUAUGCUGGAACAAUCCGCGGUUGUACAGUCGAACCGAGUAAUGAAGCUAUAGAUUUGGAGCGACUGAAACGACAAGAACCGAUUGGGUUUUACUCCCAGGUUACACUGUAUGAAGAUGAGUUGGCCGAUCAUGGUACCGCUCAGAUGUCUGUUAGGCUCCGUGUUAUGCCAGGUUUCUUUUUCGUCUUGAUGCGGUUUUAUCUUCGAAUAGAUAGAGUAAUUGUUCGUGUAUGUGACACUCGCGUAGUGGGUGAUAAUGAUAAAGACUAUGUAAUUCGAGAGUGGAGUCUGAGAGAGGCAAAGGUGGCUGAUCUCGACCAUCUUCCUUCGGAAGUGCUUCUUGACGGAAACCAGGUAUGGGCAUCUCUUCCCAUCCUUGAGAUGAAAAGUGACAAGAUAACUCCUACUUCGAACUAA